GCCGGCGGCCUCCCCCCCCACCCCCCCCCGCGGGCGCAUGGCAGGCCCGAGGGCCGCCCUCGUCCGGGGCGCGUUCUGGGCGCUCUGCUGCGGGCUCGCCGGGCCGGCGAGCGGGGCGAAUUUCCUCGAGGCCGGGAGGGUGGACGAGCAGGACGCGGCGAAGGCCUUCGAGGAGGAGCUGUCGCGGCUCGGCGGCAGCGGCGCCAGCGACCGGCAGCUCCGGCUGGAGGCGGCCCUGCGCACGACCUACAGGUCGCUGCCGAAGAACGAGGGCGGCAACCUGGGCCACAAGGCCAUCAGGUACGCCCUGCACCGGCUGUUCGUGCAGCAGCACGGCUGGUACAUCAAGGGCCUGGAGCCCAGCCGGCGAGUCUCGGGCUCGUCGCAGAAGGAGUGGGUGCCCUCGUUCCUCGAGGAGAGCACCUCGAGCAGCGGCUGGGCGGCCGCGGCGCGAGCCUUCAGGACCCUCGAGCUCGCCGCGAUGGCCUCGGCGCUGGAGAGCCUGGUGGCCACGGAGGCGCGCGGGCGGCUCGCCGCGGCGUUCGAGCUGCACGGGCUGCCUACGGAGGGCCCAGGCCCGCUGGACUGGGACGAGGUGGAGGACGCCCUCGGCACGUACUACCUGGCGUCUUCCUUUCUCUGCCUCCUCCGCGUCAACCUCUGCCUCAAAUAUGCCUCCUCCCUGCAAGGCGCGCGGGCGGAGCAGCCCAAUCUAGCGUCGGGGGCCGUCCGCAUUGUGGCGCAGCUCGACCACGCCACUGUCGACGGCUGGGAAGCGCAAGACCUGGACGAGUACGGUACGGACCACAAGCACCAGUGGAGGCAGGUGGCAGCCAUGACGAAGAACGAUUGCACCGAGGAACAUGAAUUGAGGGGAGGCGUCGCCGUUGCUGUGGGAGACCAGUACUACAAGUUUAACGACUUGGAGUGCCUGAGCUUGAAGACGACGCUGCGAGAGAUGGAGAGCAGGAGGGCCGGCAGGGUUCGCCUGUCGGUGUUCUACAACAUGUCGUUGUAUUCCCACUGGCGGUUCACAGAGAAGGCCGAGUACUUGCGCACAUUAGGUGCGCUGGACGACUCCGACGCGGAAUUCCCGCAGGUGAUCAUCCCGAACUACCUCACGGCCAGGACGAACUGCCUGGAGGCCUCCUCGCUGUACGCGCUCUGCUGCCGCAACGAGUGCGAAGACCUGCUGACGUACCUGGAGGAGAGGCUGGCGGCGCCGGAGGCGGGCGCCGCCGAGAUCGCGGCGCUGGUGGCCGCGCUGCCGUCGGACACGGUGCAGGCGCCCCGGGAACUGCCCGAGAGGCUGCGUGAGCGCCUCGACAAGAUCGCCAGGGGCAACGGCGGCGCCGUGCCCAUCCACGGGCGCCUGUUCGCCCAGUGGAUGCACCACGCCUUCCCCAACGAGUGCCCCUAUCCGCACGAGGCGAACUCCACUGGCCCCGUCACCCCCGACGAGUGGGUCGGCAGCUCUGGCGACGAGUCGCACACCGUGUCCGACGAGGAGCUGCUGCGCACGAUCGAGGUCGACACGUGCGCCAGCGACGCGGACCCCAGCGGCCCGUGCGGCGGGGCCACGGAGCUCCCGUGGUCGGACACCGAGGAGCCUGCUGGUGGUGACGCCGGCUCGUGCCCGGCACGUGCGCCGGGCGGCGGGCGCGGGAGC